AUGACCAGCACGGCGAGGAAGCCAAGCACCACCAAAGAUGUCAAGAGGAGGUCGUCCAAGGGAAACAGGUGCAAGUCUACCAAGGGGGUUCCUCCCCCUAUAGAGGCGUUGGUGGCGCUAGAGAUUGCUGGGCCAGAGAAGAGCGCCUACGAACACGGCAUCAACAGGUACCUGAAGGAGGCACCCAGCUACCUGAACAAGACGCAGAUGUUGACUUCAGGCAGCCUGCCGCCCGAGAAGUCAUUCUUCCGACGCAAUUUGCCCGGAAUCUUGAUUGUGUCUUGUGUGCUGCUGUUCACACUCGUGGUCUUCGUGGAGCAGGCAGACAAGGACGACGCUGAGACGGGUCUGGUCUAUCCCACGCCGGAGGCGACCACCACCACAGGGGCCGACAAUUCCACGAGCGAGACCAUUCUCAUAGAAGGCGGCCGAGGUUUCCCUGGCCAUGAUCAAGAGGGCGAAGAAGAGUGAAAGCACA